UUCCGAACGGUUCCGAAACCGUAAUUAAAAUGUAAUAAAAUCUAUUUAAAAAGGUGUGGCGUAUUUAAUUUUUCGUAUACAAAAAAAUGCACAUUACGUGAAUUGUUACAUCUUUGUUAUUAUUAAAAAUAACAAACCAAAUUAGUAACUAAGUAAUUAAACGAAAAUCAAUUAAAAAAUUGACAACUUGUUUGUUUUGAUUGAUUCGAUUUUGAACGUUAAUUUACAAAUCAUUUCCAAUGUUGAUUUUUGUGAAAUGCUGCGAAGCGUUUGUGAUUUUCUAAAUUGAAAAUUAUGCUGAGACAUUAUUGAAAAAUGGACGACUCGAACAAUGAUACUCUGGAUUUAUCGAGGCGUGGACUAAAGAAGGUGGAGAAGGCGCCUCCAGACGAAGCCAAGACGAUCAUAAACCUCAUCCUCGACCAGAACGAGCUGCAGCGGCUCGACAACAUCGAUACUUACAAUCGGGUUGAAAAUCUGUCAAUAUGCAACAACUUCCUGGUGCGGAUGCACGGGGUGUCGCGGCUGACCAACCUCCGCGUGCUGGCCCUCAACAACAACGGCAUCCUGCAGAUUGAGGGGCUCAAGGACAUGAUCUAUUUAAAAGUGUUGAAGUUGGCCGGUAACAACAUAAAGUCCAUAGAGCACCUGAACCACAACAUACACCUGGAGCAGCUGGACCUGUCCAACAAUCAGAUAUCCUUCAUCGCCGACAUUUCCUAUCUGAAGGAUUUGAAGCACCUGAGCCUGGAGCGCAACCGCAUCGCGGACCUGCGGCAGUGCGAGCGCUACCUGCCGCCGCAGCUGGCGACGCUGGCGCUGGCGCACAACAGCAUCCAGGACCUCAACGAGGUGUCGCACCUGGUGCACCUGGCGCAGCUGGACAGCUUCAGCAUACAGGGCAACCCCUGCGUCGCCGUGGCGGGCAAGGACAAGCUAGGGUUCGACUACCGUCCGUUUGUUCUGAACUGGAUCAUGAGCGUCAAGUCCAUCGACGGGUUCAUUGUGAGCGCCAUCGAGAGUCUCAAAGCAGAAUGGCUGUACAGUCAAGGCAAAGGGCGUCACUUCCACAGCGGCCAGCAGAGAGAGCUGUGCGAGUACCUGGCCUCCACCUGCCCGCUGACGGCCGACGCGCUGGAGACCGAGGACCAGAGGAAACUGCGCCUUAUUCUCAGCAAGGCGCAGCACCACCAGCAGCAACUAAAGGAUCAGAGCCACAGUCCCGGCAAGUCUAGGAUACAGUCGCCUCGGAUGCAAUCGAGGAUGUCGCAGAGGAACAUGGGCAGGUCGCCGGACCGGCUGAGCUCCAGCUUCCAUGGCGGCAUGCACAAGACGGGCUCCCCCUCGCACGCCAUGUCGCUGUCCUGCUCCGGGGAGCUGCCCGCGCCGCCCGCCACCUUCGACAGCCCCCAGCACUCCCACAGACAAGAUAGACUCACAGGUAACAUGCACAAGACGGGCUCCCCCUCGCACGCCAUGUCGCUGUCCUGCUCCGGGGAGCUGCCCGCGCAGCCCGCCACCUUCGACAGCCCCCAGCACUCCCACAGACAAGAUAGACUCACAGGUAACAUGCACAAGACGGGCUCCCCCUCGCACGCCAUGUCGCUGUCCUGCUCCGGGGAGCUGCCCGCGCCGCCCGCCACCUUCGACAGCCCCCAGCACUCCCACAGACAAGAUAGACUCACAGGUAACAUGCACAAGACGGGCUCCCCCUCGCACGCCAUGUCGCUGUCCUGCUCCGGGGAGCUGCCCGCGCCGCCCGCCACCUUCGACAGCCCCCAGCACUCCCACAGACAAGAUAGACUCACAGAACAGCCGCCUCCGCCGCAACCGCCGCAAGCCAAGGUUAUGAACCACUCACUAGAGGCCGCAUCCAAGAUGGUCCCCGUUCCGGAGUCCCUCAUGAGCCCCGACUACCAGGACCCCAUAUUCGACAUACAGAAGACCAUACCCAAGACCAACUCCACUGCAUCCUCGCAGUCUUCCAACGGCAGCGUCUGCGAAGAGAAGAGAACUGUCAAUAAAAGCCUAAAAGGCUCGCCGAAGCUAACCAAAAGUGCGACCUCCUCCCCUAAGUUAAAAUCCAAAAUCGAACGGAAAGGGAGUUUAUCAAAAAUCGAAAUCGAUAAGAAAAUCAAUGGUAUGACGACAGAGGCGUGCGACCACAUGGACGCCGACAAGCUGGAGGUGGUCAAGCUGGCGUCCAACCAGCGCCGCCAGAAGAAGAUGAGCGUGGAGAGCAUGGCGGCCGUCACCAUCCAGAGGAUGUGGCGCGGGUACCGCAGCCGGAACCUCAACAAGGACACGCUGCGGAUCCUGCACGCCAUCCAGGCGGCGCGCGCGCGCCAGCACAUACAGCGGCUGACGUGCGACAUGGAAGCGACGAAGGCGGCGCUGGAGAGCGAGAGGAAGAUACAGCAGCUGCAGAUGCAGGCCAUCAACGCGCUCUGGAAGAAGGUCUCCACGCUGCAGAACAUAGAUCCAAAGAGCAGGGAGUCAGAGUCAGAAGACAAUUCGGAGGCGUUGAGGCAUCUCACUGAAACCUGCGUCAACUUACAAGCGCAGGUGGUGGAGCUGCAGGGCUGCAUGCAGGAGGUGCUGCGCGCGGUGUGCAGCAGGGCGCGCGCGGAGCCCGUCGCCACGCAGACCGACAUUGUUGCCGUCGUCACUCCGCAGGAGGAGCGCUGCGGCUGGCUGCGGAGGCCGCAGUCGCUGGCGCUCUCCGCCUCCGUGGCGGCCUCCACGCAUCACACGGAACAUGUUGUAAAAGCGGCCGAGGUGGACGCUGUGGACAUCGAACGCACCGAAUCCGUCAUCGAGGACGCGGACGACCUCACCGAGCGAGAGCUCGUCGUCGACUGAUGAACGUGACGCUAUAGUUCUAGCAUCAUCUUACGCAUGCACGCUGACACUUUGACCACUGACCUGUACUGAUACAAGUACGCUGGAAUUGCUAUUGCCGACCUGUUCUUGCAACUUGAUUAUUGCUAUUUUGGUGCUGCCUGCAGCAAUGAGCGUAUUCGAAAGUAAAUGCUAGUCCCCUGUCAGUAUAGUCUUAUCACGACGACUGUUUGACACAGGGUCAAAUUCAAUGAUGCGCCCGGUGGGACGCUUCGAGUCGGUACAAAAAGUAACUGUCAUUUUGUGUCUCACACCUUAUUUAGCGUACUUGGAUGUGUCUAUGUCUGUGUAUUACACUCAAUACGGAGGCCCGAGCACCGAACAGCGUAAACUAUAUACUAUAGUAAAAUAACUACACUAAGGCUAAAAUCCAUAGAGUAUACUUGACGACUUAAGGUACAGUUGAAACGAUUUAUGCAAUAAUAUGCUAUAUAACGCUGUCUCGUUUUAGCAUUGUCUUGUGUCUGAGCAAAGUCCAAGUGCCUAUAGAUUUCAGCCUAAGGGUAGUACCGAGUAUAUCCGACUCGAAUAUUUUGCUCUGAUAACAUUAUCGGUGGUUGUGACGUCACAAUCGGUAUUUACAAGGAGAGAUCUGAUUUGUAAGCGU